CGAUUUUCUAGCAUGGUUAACACGACAGGGCGCACGCCGCUUGUCGCAGUAGUCGGUGCUACUGGCACAGGAAAAUCCGAGUUGGCGGUAAACAUUGCUCGUAAAUACAAUGGUGAAAUCAUCAACGGUGAUGCUAUGCAGCUCUACGAAGGAUUGCCAAUCAUCACAAACAAGAUGCCUGAAGAUGAACGGAGUGGAAUUCCUCACCAUCUUCUUGGCUGUAUAGGCUUGAACGAAGAGACUUGGACUGUCGGCAAUUUUGUCUCGAACGCGCUUGCCAAAAUCAGCGAAAUCCGAGCACGAGGUCGACUCCCCAUCCUGGUCGGUGGCACACAUUACUACACACAAUCUUUACUCUUCCAUGAUGCACUCGCCAACAAACCUCAGACUGAAGAGCCGGUGAAGAACGCAGAUAGGCCAGCCAUUCUCGAAGAGCCUACUGAAGUGCUCCUCGAGAAACUUAGAGAAGUUGAUUCAGUCAUGGCUGACAGGUGGCAUCCUAACGACCGCAGGAAGAUCCAAAGAAGUCUUGAGAUCUGGCUUCAAACUGGUCGCAAGGCCUCGGAUAUCUAUGAGGAACAGAGAACACGUCGUGAAGCUCCCGACCAGGACACGACUCCGGAGGGCGCAGAGGAAGCAUCUCGCCUCCGCAUGAGGACACUUGUGCUAUGGGUCGGCGCGCAGUCGGACGUGCUCUCUAAGCGUCUUGAUGCCCGUGUCGACAAGAUGGUAACACAAGGCCUCUUAAACGAGGUCAACACGCUGUCCGACUUUUACGAUGGUAGGAUCGCUGAUGGUGAGUCGAUCGACACGACUCGAGGUAUUUGGGUCGCCAUCGGUUACAAAGAGUUCCUCGACUACCAAGCCGCUCUCCGAAAAGGCGACUCGAGCCCAGCACAACUCAACAAGCUACUCGCACUGGCUAUCGAGAAAACUAAAGCCGGUACCCGACAGUACGCAAAACGUCAAAUCCGAUGGAUUCGCAUCAAGCUUAAUAAUGCCAUCGAUACCGCUGGAGCCAAGGGCUCGUUUUUCAUGCUUGAUGGCUCGGAUCUGCCGAAUUGGGAGCAAGACGUAUCAGAGAUCGGGCUCAAGCUGGUGGAUGCGUUCCUCAAGGAAGAGACGCUGCCAGACCCUUCGAGUUUGUCGCCCCUUGCGGCCGAGAUGCUGACGGCCUCAAAACCCGACACAAGCGCUCGCGCAGAUCUCUGGAGCCGCAAGCACUGUGAAGUUUGCAACACCACAUCCGUCACGGAGAGUGACUGGGCCGUCCACAUCAACAGUAAAAGACAUAAGAAGGCUAUGUCAAGUCAGAGGAAACGUGCCCUGAACAGUACUGCGCAGCAACCGAUGCCACCAGCGGCGCAAGAUAUCUUCGAAGAGCAAGCCAAAGAAGACUGA